GGUUGAGUUCGUCCUGACACCAAUACCAAGAUGUAGUUUUUUUUUAUAGUAUUAAUACAUAAAAAAUAUUAUUUUUAGAACAAAAGUAUACCUAAUAAUCCACCGGUAAAAUUUGUCAAUGUUCAUAUGUGGAUCUUUAAGCGGAGGUAUCCUGAUAUGUAGGUAGAAAAUUAAAACCCUUUUCUUAUGGUUUAAUUAAUCCUCUACUAUCUUAGCACCAUUACCUCACAUAUGAGAAAAAAACAAAAAACCUAAAAGUAAAUUAUAUCAUUUUAAAGUAAUGAUGAUAAUCAGUAUCUAAAUGCUGUUAUCUAAAAUGGGUGUUCUUCUGUUCACAUUUCUCUACUUGAUUUUAUUAUAUUCAAUCAACAUUGUUGCUUACAAGGAUCAAGAAUGGAAGAAAGCCACUGCAACUUAUGCCAAAGACACAGAAGGAUCUCUAAUUACAGAAGGAGCUUGUGGUUAUGGAGAUCUUCACAAAGCUAGCUAUGGAAAACAUAGUGUUGGAUUAAGCACAAUUUUGUUCAACAGAGGGAGUACAUGUGGGGCUUGCUAUGAGAUCAGAUGUGUUGACCAUAUCUUGUGGUGUAUGCUUGGAAGUCCUUCUGUUAUUGUUACUGCCACUGAUUUCUGUCCUCCUAAUUUUGGCCUCUCAGUUGAUUAUGGUGGUUGGUGUAACUUUCCAAGAGAACAUUUUGAGUUGUCACAAGCUGCAUUUGCUGAAAUUGCUAAGGGGAAAGCUGAUAUUAUUCCCAUUCAAUAUAGAAGAGUGAAGUGUGAAAGAAGUGGAGGGUUGAAAUUCACAAUGAGUGGAAGUUCUCAUUUCUAUCAAGUCCUGAUAACUAAUGUGGGGUUAGAUGGUGAAGUUUUUGCUGUGAAAGUGAAGGGAUCUAGAACAGGAUGGAUACCAAUGGCAAGGAAUUGGGGAAUGAAUUGGCAUUGCAAUGUCAACCUUCAACAUCAGCCUUUGUCCUUUGAGGUAACCAGCAGCACUGGAAAAACACUCACAUCUUACAAUGUAGCACCUCCAAACUGGCAAUUUGGACAAACAUUUCAAGGAAAACAAUUUUAGGCUUCAAAGAAUCAUGGUAGACCAAAAACGGUAUAUUUGCUCAUGAUUCAUGAUCAAAGAAUUGUGCAAGUGUGAUUGAAAAUGAUGGUUAUAGAACAUUUUGUUAUAUAAAAUUGAGCCAAUGGUAUACACGCACGACUCAAAGUCUUACAAUUCCACCAACCAAAAAAGGAGUCAUUGACGAAGUCUAUUAACCAAGAAGAGCAACUCAUUUUAUUCUCCAUCAUGCAAAUUUAAUUACUAUCUUGCUUUAGUUUUUUAUGGUAAAUUAAAUUUUUAUUUGUUUGAUAGAAUUUUACAUUUUAAUAUUAGUUUUAAUUUAGACCUUUAUUU